CACCCCCCUUCAGUCUCUCUCUCUCUCUCUCUCUCGCUGUGGUCUCUUCUGCUUGUUCUGUGCUCUUAUCUGUUUGGAUAGCUAGAAGAAACAAGAACCUACCGCCGACCGCUCAGCUUUGGUUCAACAUGGAAGGCGGAGUCCCAGAAGCCGAUGUAUCUGCCUUCAGAGAAUGUCUGUCUCUCUCAUGGAAGAACCCUUAUGUUCUUCAACUCGCGUUCUCUGCUGGAAUCGGCGGCCUCCUCUUUGGCUAUGACACUGGAGUGAUAUCAGGGGCUCUUCUGUAUAUAAGAGAUGAUUUCAAAGCUGUGGAUAGAGAGACAUGGCUACAGGAAGCCAUAGUGAGUAUGGCACUUGCAGGAGCGAUAGUGGGAGCAGCAGUGGGAGGAUGGAUCAAUGACAGAUUUGGAAGGAGGAAGGCCAUCCUACUUGCAGAUCUCCUCUUCUUUGCUGGCUCUGUCAUCAUGGCUGCCGCUACCGGCCCUGCCAUUCUUCUCGUCGGCCGAGUUUUCGUCGGCCUCGGCGUCGGCAUGGCCUCCAUGGCUGCACCUCUCUACAUCUCCGAAGCUUCUCCUACCAGAGUUCGAGGUGCUCUUGUUAGUCUCAAUGGCUUCCUCAUCACCGGUGGCCAGUUCCUCUCCUAUCUCAUCAACUUGGCCUUCACCAAGGCUCCAGGAACGUGGAGAUGGAUGUUAGGAGUAGCAGCAGCACCUGCUCUGAUACAGAUUGUACUCAUGCUCAUGCUCCCUGAAUCACCUCGUUGGCUGUUUCGAAAGGGGAGGGAAGAAGAAGGAAAAGCGAUUUUGAGGAAGAUAUACUCGCCCAGCGAAGUUGAAUACGAGAUCAAUGCCUUGAAGGAAUCAGUUGAGCUAGAAGUUAAAGAAGCUGCAUCAUCAGAAAAAAUAAGCAUAUUGAAACUGGUGAAGACCAAGACUGUGAGAAGAGGGUUAUAUGCAGGAAUGGGGCUUCAAAUUUUCCAGCAAUUUGUGGGUAUCAACACAGUGAUGUACUACAGCCCCACUAUAGUUCAACUUGCUGGUUAUGCUUCGAACCAAACAGCACUUCUUUUAUCACUGGUCACGGCUGGAUUGAAUGCAUUUGGGUCUAUUCUGAGCAUAUACUUCAUUGAUAAGACUGGGAGGAAGAAACUUCUGUUGGCGAGCUUGUCCGGGGUUGUGUUAUCUCUAGUGGUUCUAACUGUUGCGUUUCAUGAGACCACCACCCACUCACCAAUGGUUAGUUCCAUUGAGACCUCUCACUUCAACAACUAUACAUGCCCUGAUUAUUCCUCUGCUUUCAACCCUUCCUCUUGGGAUUGCAUGACGUGCCUCAAGUCUUCUCCUGAGUGUGGCUUCUGUGCUUCACCAACUAACAAGCUAUUGCCUGGGGCAUGUUUGAUCUCCAAUGACGCCACAAAGGACUUGUGUGGAAAAGAAGCCAGGUCAUGGUACACAAGGGGGUGUCCUAGCAAAUAUGGGUGGCUUGCCCUGGUUGGGCUUGCCCUUUACAUCAUCUUCUUCUCCCCUGGGAUGGGCACUGUCCCUUGGGUGGUCAACUCUGAGAUAUAUCCUCUUAGGUACAGAGGGAUCUGUGGAGGGAUGGCUUCCACUUCCAACUGGGUCUCUAACCUCAUUGUUGCUCAGUCCUUCUUGUCUCUGACAGACGCCAUUGGCACCUCUUGGACCUUCAUGAUCUUCAUUUUCAUCACCAUUGCUGCCAUCAUCUUCGUCAUCAUUUUUGUCCCGGAAACCAAAGGGCUUCCAAUGGAGGAGGUGGAGGCUAUGCUUGAGAGAAGAUCUCUUAAUUUCAAGUUUUGGCAGAGAAGAAGUUCUCAGCCUGAAAUUGUAAAACAGUGAAGCCCCAAUCAUAUAUGGCCAUGUUGACUUUACGUGUGUCCCCCUUGAUUUGUGUCUCAGUAUUGAAAUAUAUAUAAUAUAUGAAACCAUGUGUACUGGAUAAUGGUUUCAAUGGGGAAGAAUUAUUAAUGUAGAAAAUGGAUUAGGCAUUGUAGUUCAAGCUAGUGCAUUGAUUUUCUCUUGAAACUGCAAUCAUUUGUAACUUGAGGAAUAAGAUUGUGUUACCCGGUUGAUCGGCCGGCUGGA